GCAACCUUCUCUGAUGUAAUGUAAUAUUUUGAAGUAUUAUCUUCUAAUAUUUCAACACACACUCAAUAUUAUAUACAUAUGAACAAACUCAGGUAUAUGCGAUUAAAUUGAUAACCUAAGUUCGUUUCACAGAUUUUGAAAAUAAACUGAUAAAGACCUUCCUCUCACUUGUCUUAUUCACAUUAGCGGUUUCCUGGGUAUCUCGGCAUUUAGCAAGCGUCUUCGAUCUAUUGAAUUUGGGGUCGAAUAUUCAUUAAGGAAACCAUAAAAAAACGUAAAUAAUUUUAAAAAAUGUAAAACAUCGCUCGACGUUUUUGAAAGUUUUUAUAUUUUUUAUCAUAGUAUCUCAAACUAAUCGCCAGAUGUGUUGUAGUGAAAACUCAUAGAACUCUCCACAUAUUUUUUGUCAGUUAGCACAGACGCACACCACUUACAAGAACCGCGGCCUAACUCCUGCCUAUGUUAUUAAGACCAAAUUAAAAUAAUAUACAUAUAUUCAAUGGCACAUUGAUUCGCUAUUAGUUUUGUGGAAAUAUUAAACUAAAAAGGCAUUGGAAAUAAAAUCAACAGAGAGUGUGGAUCGUUAGAAGCGAUUAGUACAAUUCAGGACGAAAAUGGCUGGAGUGUCUAUCAAGUAUUUCGGAGCAUUGCUGCUGGUAGUCGGCGUCGUUUGCAUCAACGCCCAUGGCACUGAAAGUUCCGAAACAGACGUGGAGAUGCUUGCCACCCACAAUCAGUUGUUAAAAUCCAUAUAUAAUGAGGCUGUUAAAUUAAGUAUAUACAUUUUGAGACGGAGUGAGGAAUUAUGCACGAAAAUGGACAACAAAGAUAUACUGAUAUACAAGAACAUAGCAAGUGAAAAGUCCAAGAAAUCAGUUACGCGCGAAACAAUUCUAAGAAAUUGUAUUAAUCGCGUCGAGGAUCGUUUUGAUCCCACAGCGAAUCGUGAUAAUGAAUGUGGUCCAGAUGAACCCCUGUUGCUUAAGUAUGGAUUGGCGGGUAUUCAAAAGGUUGUGGCGCAAAAAUAUGAAACAUUUUUUGAAGAGAUUUUGCGGCAAAUCAAAGAAUAUCUGAAGGGUUUGACAACGGAGCAGCAAAGAAACACGACGGCACGAAAAUUGAAGGGGUGGUCUAGUAAAAUUAGGGCGGCUUCAACUUUGGCACGGAAGGAGUUGACUUUUAGAAGUUUUAUGCGUUAUUAUUUUAUGCAAGAAAGUGUGUAGAGUGCGAGCUACUCUUUUACUAAUAUUAGAGGAUUAUUUAGCUGCACAGAAAUUGAAAUCGCCAAGAGUUGGCAACACUAAUGGAUACUACAAAAUUUAUGUAUAUAUAACUAAAUCAGCUCCUUGAAUUAUUUCCAGCGAUUAGGAAAUAUUGAAUGUUGCAAUUUAUUUAUAGCGAUUGUAUUAAAUAUUAAAAUUGAAUUACUAAAAAGA